AUGGAAAGAGAAUUCAGCGAGAUGCGUAGUGAUGAAUUCAAAGAGAUUGCUACACUUCAUACUGUUCUUGAACAACAGAUUUGGAUAUGUUAUUUCCGCCCCAUUCUUAUUGAUUUCGUGAUGCUAUAA